AAGAACAAAACAGAGACGAAAAUAGCAAAACAAAACUUUGACAGUUGAAUUCCACCACGUUGCGUGUUGUGCAGUUUUUUCGACCGUGUUCUGCCGUGACCUGGAUGCUGUCCAACCGCUGCGGACGGGUAGCAAGUUUAUUUUUCAACGGACCCUUGUUAAACCGUCGCUUACCCGCAAAAAUGAGUGCCCUGGAGCGAGUGAUUUCCAACAACAAAGCCGCCGAAGAUUUGCUUCAUUCGCUGAAAGAAGAAUUCCAGGCCCUCCGGAAUGAGAAAGCCAUCCGCCGCAUCGAAGAGCUGCGGGUGGAAAAUGAUUCGCUGCGAAAACAGGUGGAAGCCGCCCGGCAAAAGUUGAUCGCACUGGAAACGAAGAAUGGGAAAAAGCAGAUUUCGGUUCCGGGGCAGCAGGCUUCGGUGGACGUCAACCCGGUGGUUGUGAAGGUUGAGGCGGAGCAGGUUGUUCCACCGAAGGCGGAAGGAGGGAAGCCUCAAAAGGACAAGAAGCCCAAGAAAGAGAAACCAGCUGCUGCGGAAGGAAAGGGGGCAGCGGCUCCUGUGGCAGCGGCCGAGGAACCUCCGAUAGACGUUGGUCGUCUGGAUAUGCGCGUAGGAAAAAUCGUCGAAGUUUCCCGACAUCCGGAUGCGGAUGCUCUAUACCUGGAAAAGAUCGACGUGGGAGAGGCCAAUCCCCGGACCAUCAUUUCCGGCCUGGUGCGAUUCGUCCCAAUCGAGGAAAUGCAGAACCGAAUGGUGGUGGUUCUGUGCAACUUGAAACCGGCCAAGAUGCGUGGAAUACUGUCCGAGGGUAUGGUCAUGUGUGCUUCCACUCCAGAAAAGGUCGAAGUACUCGCGCCGCCGGCCGGUUCCGUUCCUGGGGAUUUGGUUCAUGUGGAGGGCUUCCCUCGGGUUCCGGACGCGGUCAUGAAUCCCAAGAAGAAGAUCUUCGAAACGGUGGCACCCGAUUUGCACACCAACGAGAAGUUGGUGGCGUGCUACAAGGAGGGCGCUUUCGUGGUUCCCGGCAAGGGCCAAGUGGUGACCCAAACGUUGAAGAACGUCGCCGUGAAGUAGUCGGAUAGGUAGGUGAGAUUUGAAUUGUGUUUCGAUGGAUUUUCUCAGAAGACAAUAUAAGCCUUUUUUGUAAAUUAAAAGAA